CCGCUGCUCAUUGGCUGGCCGUGCCCCAUAUAGGCGUGAAGCGGCGAGCGCCCUCCCUUUCUUCGCGCUGCUGCAGGCCUCCAUACGGCGUUGCUAGUGUUCCCUGUCGUCGCUUCCAGAGGGAACCCCCACAAUGUCCGGAGGCCUCGAUGUCCUGCAGAUGAAGGAGGAGGAUGUCCUCAAAUUCCUUGCUGCCGGGACCCACCUGGGAGGCACCAACCUCGAUUUCCAGAUGGAGCAGUACAUAUACAAAAGGAAGAGCGAUGGUAUUUACAUCAUCAAUCUGAAGAGGACCUGGGAAAAGCUGCUGCUGGCAGCCAGAGCCAUCGUUGCCAUCGAGAACCCAGCUGAUGUGAGCGUCAUUUCCUCCAGGAACACUGGGCAGCGUGCGGUCCUGAAGUUUGCUGCUGCCACCGGGGCCACUCCUAUCGCCGGGCGUUUCACCCCCGGCACCUUCACCAACCAGAUCCAAGCAGCUUUCCGUGAGCCUCGGCUCCUGGUGGUCACAGACCCCCGUGCUGACCAUCAGCCCCUGACCGAGGCCUCCUACGUCAACAUCCCCACCAUUGCCCUCUGCAACACCGACUCCCCGCUGCGCUACGUGGACAUCGCCAUCCCCUGCAACAACAAGGGAGCCCAUUCAGUGGGUCUGAUGUGGUGGAUGCUGGCUCGGGAGGUGCUGCGUAUGCGUGGCACCAUCUCCCGGGAGCACCCGUGGGAAGUCAUGCCCGACUUGUACUUCUACAGGGAUCCUGAGGAGAUCGAAAAGGAGGAGCAGGCUGCUGCGGAGAAGGCGGUCACGAAGGAGGAGUUCCAGACCGAAUGGACUGCCCCAGCCCCUGAGUUCACUGCUCCUCCUCAGCCGGAGGUUGCAGAUUGGUCUGAGGGAGUGCAGGUCCCGUCGGUGCCCAUCCAGCAGUUCCCCACAGAGGACUGGAGUGCCCAGCCUGCCACCGAGGACUGGUCAGCAGCUCCCACGGCCCAGGCCACCGAGUGGGUUGGCACUGCCACAGAGUGGUCUUAACUUCAGUCCCAGUGUACUGAGAGAAAUAAAGACUGGUUUAAUACAUA